AUGCCAACAGACAAGUGGAUUUGCACUCCAAUCUCUGCGGUGGAACAAAUCCUGGAGACAGCGGCGGACUUCGGUAUCGAGGUCCUGCUUGAUGUUCAUGCUUUCCCCGGCGGCUCCAGUGCGGGGACUUUCAAUGGCGUCUGGCCCCUGAACCCCAGGUUUUGGAGUGCUCAUGCCAAGGACAAUUUCAAGACGAUUGUGGGUCGGCUGUUGGACUGGAUGGACUCUCUCAGCCUCACGAAUCGGAAGGCCUUUGCUGGACUCUACGGUCUUUCUCCGAUGAACGAGCCCGCCCAUCUUCGAGGCCUCUACGAUCCCAAUGGCGCCGCCUGCCCGGUUCCCUACAAGGAGGCAUCCAACAAGCCGGACAUGCACAACUGGGCUGCAAAUGUAUCGACUGCAGAGAUCUUGGCAACCCUUGCCAUUAGCGCCUUGGCCAACGAGCUAAAACCGACAAGCUACAUUAAAGUGUUGACGUUCUUCAAUGGCUACUUGCGUCCCAAUCGCACCGAGCACGCAUGCAGCUCAACGAAAGCUACACUCCCCCAAGAGUUGACCAUCAAGUCUGCAGGUGUCGAGGAGUUCCGAAGACGUCCGGCUUUGCACAUGGGUAAGAAGAUGCUGGUGAUGAACGUCAUCGAAACAGCCUUCGCUGGAACCUUCGACAAAGAGGAUGUGCAUGCCUUUGCUGCCAGCCAGAAAGGGGAGAUCGGUUGCGUGACCGGGUCCAUCGGGGCGUGGUGGCGUGGCAUCACCACCUUGGAAGAGCGCAAGUCUUGGGCAGUACUGGACUUGCACAACUACAUCGCCUGGGACCCCAAGGCUAAAGACUUUGAGGAGAUUGAGACGCCGGAGCAGCAGCGAGGUUUGCUGGAGCAGAUGAGUUUGCCUUUCUUCCGGCAGCUGCGAGAACGAGCGCAGCUGCCCGAGCCGCAGCUCCUGGCAUGCUCGGAAUAUAGCGCCAGCACCAAUCAGGACACGCUGUUAUCCACCACCAGUGGUGUGGGGAAGAGGCCUCCUCGACUGCCAGCCGCUUUCACCUUCAUGCACCUCCGAGAUGCCUUUCUGCGUUUUCAGAACCGGGCCGCUCGGGAGGAGCGUAUCCAAAUGUGGUUCUGGACAUACCACAUUCGUAAGAACAUCAACUACCAGGGUGAAUGGUCUUUGCUACAUGCUUUGUCCCCACUGCAGCGCUUGCUGGCUCGCUUGGCGACGGGCACCCCCAUAGCCACCGGAGAGUUGGCCAUGGCUUGCAUGAGGUGCAGGGGCUUGUCAUGCUGUACUGUAGCUGAGUUGGUCGUCCCACCUCGCACCCCUCAACCACCCGAAGCGUAG